AUGAGGACCGCCUUGAUCUUGCUCGGCAUUCUGGGAAUGGCGUGUGCUUUCUCUAUGAAAAAUUUCCAUCGAAGGGCCAAAGCAGAGGACUCUGAAGAAAACGGGGUCUUCAAGUACCGGCCGCGCUACUUUCUCUAUAAGCAUGCCUACUUUUACCCUGCUCUAAAGCGGUUUCCAGUCCAGGGUGGCAGCGACUCUUCUGAAGAAAAUGGAGAUGGUGACAGCUCUGAGGAGGAGGAGGAGGAAGAGGAGACUUCAAAUGAGGAGGAAACCAAUGAAGACUCCGCUGGCAAUGACGUGGAAGAACCGGGAGCUGAGAACGCCACCCUCGCUGGAGUGACACCCAGCUACGUCACAGAGACGGCCACUGCAGAAGAGCCCGGGUUAGCUGCGCUCCAACUGCCCAAGAAGGCUGGAGACGCUGUAAGCGAGGCUGCAAAGACGAAGGAAAGUGACGACGAAGAAGAGGAAGAGGAAGAGGAGGAAGAAAAUGAAAACGAAGAAGCAGAGGUGGAUGAAAACGAGCAGCUCGUCAAUGGCACCAGCACCAAUUCCACGGAGGUGGACGGCGGGAACGGCAGCAGCGGAGGGGACAAUGGCGGCGAAGAAGGCGAGGAAGAAAGAGUCACUGAAGCAGGUACCGCAGGAAACACAGCCGGUGGCGGGGAGCAGACCAGUGAGGGCCCCACGGCAACUGUCCCGCUGGACGGGUUUCAUCACACGACCCCAUCACCCGAAGCCUAUGAGGCCACCUCCCCACCGACCGUACAAAGCACCACUGCUGAGUAUUGGGGAGAAUACGAACAAGCAGGCAACGAGUACAACUCUCAGUACGAAGUCUAUGACAACGUGAACGCGGAGCCUCGCGGGGACACUUACCGAGCCUAUGAGGACGAAUACAGCUACUACAAGGGGCGUGGCUAUGAAGGCUAUGAGGGUCAAGACUAUUACUACCAUCAGUGAAGGCCCCUCCUGGGCUGAGUCCCCCAUUCUGUCCUUGCACCCGGCUACCAGUUUCAAAGUUCAACUCAGGAAGGUGCAGUAGAACAGGCGUGCAAGUUUUUACAAUGCGGAAUGGUGCUACAGUCCCAGAGAGAUUUCCGCAAAUGCUUCUGUUUG